AUGAAAAAAGCUGAAAUGACUGUACCCCACUUGUUCAUGUGUCCAAUUAGUCUAGACUUGAUCAAAGAUCCAGUGACUCUCUGUACAGGCCAAACUUAUGACAGAUCAAGCAUAGAAAAAUGGCUUGCUGCAGGUAAUCUUACAUGCCCUGUCACAAUGCAGAAGCUUCAGGAUCCAUCCAUGGUUCCUAAUCACACUCUUCGACAUUUGAUUGAUCAGUGGCUUCAAAUGGGCACACAGUUAGAUCCUGUUUACUUGUCAAAAAUUGAUUCUCUAGGUUCCUUGAAGAAAAAUCUUGAAUCAGAUGAAGCUCCCUUGGAGUACAAGUGUCUAACACUCCAAAAAAUCCAAGCUCUAGCAGAAGAAUCACAAUCUGGAAAUUCUUGUUUGCUUCAAUUAGGCUUCUUGCCAUUGUUGUUGGAACUACUUUUUGGAAAAGCAGAACCCAAACUGUCUGAAGAAUGUGUUAAGUUUGCAGAACUAGCACUGUCUUGUGUCCUAAGAUUGCUGUCUAUCGGCGAAUAUGAGUAUUUAAAUAUGCUAAAAGAAGAGUCUAAAUUGGAAUCCUUUCAGGUAUUUCUUGAUCAAGGAACUAGCAAGAUCAAGAGGAGUCUGUGCCAAAUAAUAGAGGGAAUAUCAUCGUCUUCGGAAACCAGAGGACUCUGCGCUAAGCUUGGCAAAAACCGCAAACUCUUGAAAGGGCUGGUUCUUUCUGUCCAUCAAACAUAUGGGGAAUCUGAGGCUGGAAUCAAAGCUAUAUCUGCACUAUGCUGCUUGGAAUCAAAUAGAGAAAAUUUGGUUCAAGAAAAUGUGAUAAAUGGACUUUUGGCCUACAUUUCCGUUGCCGAAAGACAUGAAAGAAAUUUGGCACCUAAAGCAAUGGCAACAAUUGAGCUUCUUCUAGGACUAGAGAGUGCAAAAGAGGCUUUGAUCAAUAAUCCUAAUGGUAUUAAAGCUCUCAUUAAGAUGGUGUUUAGGGUUUCUGAUCACGAAGGCAGUGAAAGCGCUGUUCGAUCAUUAAUGAUUAUAUGCAUGGAUUCUUUACAGGCACGAGAAGAAGCAAUUGGUGCUGGAAUUUUAACUCAAUUGCUUCUGCUUUUGCAGAGCCAGUGUAGUGGUAGGACUAAAACAAACGCAAGAACGCUACUCAAGCUGCUUAGGUCCAAGUGGGAUGAAGAACCAAAACAUUUGUAA